CGGAAUGUGGAACGCGCGCGUUUAACCGCGACCUCGUUUAAUUAAAGUGUCAAUUCGGGCGAACGGUCGACCGGUUGACCUCUGCGCGAACCCGAGUAGGCGACCGCUUUGUUUACGUGAGAAACUUCGCUGAUGUCGGGAUUUCAGGUUAGAAGCUUCGAGACGCGUCGCGGUGUUAAAUUUUGGGUCUUCUUUUUUUCCGCCGUAUUUGUAUUUGUGUAGGUUAUGUUGGUCGGACUACUAGCCGCGCAUGCGCUCUAGCGCCUGGCCCGCCGGUGAACUUUGCUCUGUAACGUCGUAAUCACCGACGUAUGUCUUUAGCGGGCCCGUCAGUUUACUACUCAACCCAUAUUAUCCCAAGCAUAAAAAAAUACUUUUUUUCUCUGAAAUUAUUGAUUUUGUUUCACUUAAGAGUACAUUACAUGUGUCAAAAAAAAACUCGAAACAUACAAAAAAAUGCCGGUGCGUAAACGAACCACUGGGAAAAAACAUUAAAUAAUGUUUUCGGGCACAUAAGAUGUAACAUAUAAUUUAUACAUAAAUAUACAAAAGAAAGUUCAAAUUCGACAUAAAACAACUAACAGUAGAUUGUUUUCCAAAUAGAACCUGAUUUGAUACCAGUGGUGCGUUUUUAACAUGUGGUCAUUAACAUACAAUGCAACAAGAUUAUUACCUAAAGUUUCGGAAUUUAAAUUCAGGUAAAAUUGUAGUCCGUAAUUUUAUACUUACCUGUGUUUAAUAUUCUUUGGUAUGGUAUACUACUUAGUUUAAGUAGAUAUUUUGUUUUAGAUAGAUUUUUUGUUAUCUUUCAUUUUGUCAAAUUUCAUUAAAAUAUCUACAGUGGUAUUAAAAAAUAUAUGUUUUUGAAAAUUUGACCAUGAAAAGUUAAGACGUUUAGGACAUAUGUUCAUAUGAAGAAAAAACACCCUGUGUAAAGUUUUCACGUCACGUCGUCUUUUAAACAAAGUUACUUAUUAUUACGCACAGUUUUUUCAAAUUAUUUUUACAAAAGAACAAUUCAAGUGUUGCAUAUCUUUGGUGUCAACUGUUUGUUUCCACUUUUAACCCAAUUUUUUUUUGUUUUAUUUAAUUUAAUUCUUUUUAAAAAUGCUUAUUAAAAAAUAAAUGACGGGCCAGCACGUUAGUCGCAUGCGCGGUCGGCGGAGCCCGCGAACAUAACCUAGCGUUACGUCGUCAAAGGCGAUUCGUUUUUCUCGUUCAAAUCGAGGGCGGCCGGAAACGCGCGGAAAAAAAAAACAACGCGGCUCGUAAAUGACGUCGCGUCUAGUAGGCCGCUACACGCGCAUCUGUCGCGUUUUACGGUAAACCCGGCGGCAGGCUUUGCUUUCAUCUCGCGAGCCACGGCCAACGUGUUUAGUUUUUGUUGUCGCCCGCGACGGUUCGCUUCGAAUGGAGGAUUUUAACGACAGGUCGAUGAUGUCGUCGGGUGAUUCGCCGGGCGCGCGCGCCCACGAGGUGUUCGAUUUCAAGGAGGCGGGACAGUCGGGAGGCCGCGCCUCUCCCCUGCCCACCACGUCGAAGGAGGUGGGCGUACAGAGCGGGGGCGGUGUGGUCCAGGCGUCGGUAUUGGUCGAGCCGCCGGGCGAUGGCGGGGGCGGCGGCGAGGAGCAGCUCGCCGCGUCCCCCACCCUCCACGGGAGCGAGGACGGCGGCAAGCGGGACGAGGCGGAGCAGACGCUCGCCAUCGAUGACCUGGGGGACGGGAAAGGCGACGGCGGCGGCGGCGACGAGAAGGCGAGUCGCAAAAAGGGCGAUCGCGACAAGUUGGACGGAGUGUGGGUGCCGGAGGCGAAGAAGCCGCCCGCCGAGGACGACGCCGACGACAACUGCGUCGUCAAGUGCCUGUACGUCGCGAUGACGUGCUGCGAGUGCUCGAUAAUGUGAUACCCGGCCCCAGGGGGUGGGGCCGCCCCUCUACGUAUUCCGUGUACACAGACGUAAAUAUUUAAAUAGAUUUGUUUAUCCUAUACUGCCGUGUUUAAUAGAAUUUAAUAGAUU